CGUUUCCUGUUGAAUCAUUUCCUGUGAAGAAUAAAAAUACACUUUUACCAGUCCUGCUAGACCAGUUAUGUCUAGCUCUCGGUGCGACAAUGAAACCCCAUUUUAUUUAAAGGACGUUGCCGUUUAAGUUUUUGUUCAUGAAUAAUAGACACCUUCAUGUCCAGACGGCCGGUGCUGGUGAGCUAACUAGCCCCGUAGGUGGCUGACGUGAGCUAGUAUGUCGCUGUCGCUCCCAUCCACCGACAUGCUUGAGACACCUCCCGGAUAUCCAUUUGAGGAAAUUAAUUAUGAGGACAUUGAAGUAGAGGAGGUAGUCGGCAGAGGAGCUUUUGGAGUGGUUUGCAAAGCCAAGUGGAAAGGCAAAGAUGUUGCUAUCAAGACCAUUGAAAGUGAAUCUGAGAGAAAAGCCUUUAUUGUUGAGCUUCGGCAGCUUUCGCGGGUAAAUCAUCCUAAUAUUGUGAAGUUGUAUGGCUCCUGCAGUAAUCCAGUCUGUCUUGUAAUGGAAUAUGCUGAAGGAGGAUCGCUGUACAAUGUGCUGCAUGGUGCUGAACCGCUCCCCUCUUACUCCGCCUCCCAUGCCAUGAGCUGGUGUUUACAGUGUUCCCAGGGUGUGGCCUACCUCCAUGGCAUGAAACCAAAGGCUCUGAUCCACAGGGACCUCAAGCCACCUAAUUUACUGCUUGUGGCUGGUGGCACCGUACUCAAGAUAUGCGAUUUUGGAACAGCCUGUGACAUUCAGACUCAUAUGACAAACAACAAAGGAAGUGCAGCGUGGAUGGCUCCGGAGGUAUUUGAAGGCAACAAAUACAGCGAGAAAUGUGACGUGUUUAGCUGGGGUAUAAUUCUCUGGGAGGUGGUCACACGUCGGAAGCCCUUUGAUGAAAUUGGAGGACCAGCUUUCCGUAUUAUGUGGGCAGUGCACAAUGGGACAAGACCACCUUUGAUCAAGAAUUUACCCAAACCUAUUGAGAAUUUGAUGACGCGCUGCUGGUCCAAAGACCCCUCUCAGCGGCCUUCCAUGGAGGAGAUUGUGAAAAUAAUGACUCAUCUCAUGCAGUACUUUCCUGGAUCCGAAGAACCCCUGCAAACGCCAUAUCAAUAUUCAGAUGAUGGGCAGGGCAAUUCUGCCACGAGCACGGGUUCAUAUGUGGACAGCACUGGCAACAAAAGUGAUGCAAACAUUGAGCGCAGUGAUUCUCAAGGAAGCAGCGACACAAUAAAGAUCACACCCCAGUUUGCGCCUCACUUCAAGCCAAAGGGAGACCCUUUAAGGACGUUGCCUCUUUCCAGAGGGGGUAGUUUUGAGAGUCUGCCUGCUCGAACACAGGGCUUGAUAUCCUGUGACAAUAAACGAAUGAGUGCUGACCUGUCAGAGUUGGAGCCCAAAAUAGGAUUUGUCCCAGCAGCACGCCCGCAGUAUAAACGAGGCCAUCGUAAAACAGCAUCUUAUGGCACCAUUCUGGAUGUUCCCAAGAUCGUCGUCACAGCCACACGUGAGCCUCAGAGGCGCCGCUCUGUGCAGGAUUUGCCAGGGAUUGGCACGGAAUCCACCCAGGGAAGUCGGAAUAGUAGCCGAUCUUCGAGUCCCAGUUUGAGGGUGAUGCUGCCCGAAAAGGCAAACAGCAGAGGUUACUUCUCCCCCGAUGACCUCACAGACACCAACGGCUCAGACAAUUCAAUUCCAAUGGCUUACCUCACCCUUGACCAUCAACUGCAGCCACUUCCUCCUUUCCCCAACUCAAAAGAGUCUAUGGCCGUUUUUGAGCAGCAUUGCAAAAUGGCACAAGAGUAUCUGAAAGUGCAAACAGAGAUCGCCCUGCUAAUCCAGAGGAAAAAGGAACUCUUUGCUGAACUGGACCAAGAUGAGAAGGACCAGCAGAACACGUCCCGUCUGGUGCAGGAACACAAAAAACUACUGGAAGAGAACAAGAGUCUGUCCACAUACUACCAGAAGUGCAAAAAACAGCUGGAGCUGAUUCGGGUCCAGCAACAGAAGAGACAGGGAACUUUGUGAUUUGGACACCUGGUCUCUGGCGUAAAGUCAAAUGCGUGUGCACAAACACACAACACACGCACACCAGUUCAGUGCUGGUAUACCCUGCAUGUCACACUGUAGUGUCUGCCUCUGUCCAGCAGAGAGGUGUCUUCUGUACAUAUAUUUGCACAUAUUCACAGUGUAAUCUGUGACUGCAGACCAAACAAUCACUGCAUCCCAGAGCCUCCACAGGGCUUCGGUAUGGAGUUUUGCUUUCUAUUGCAGCUGAGUGUGACAGCAGGUUGGUGAGGGUGGUUUGUGUAUUUUACAGGUUGCUCUCAGGGCCUCUUGGCAGACCAGUUGAUGGAUUUUGUUUUCAUUCCUUAAGCAUUCUCUGGUACCCUUUGAGCAGCCGAUGGCAAAAUCGUCCUCGAGAAUGUGAAGAAGAAAAAAAAGCAAGGCUGCUCUUCAACAUGAUCGCGUGCGGAAUUCAUGGAAUGUGUAGAAGGAUAAUUGGCACCUAUUCUACGAAGUGUGUGUGGAUGCCAUCCCCCGCCCUUAGGUGUAGCAGUGUAUUUAUAUUCAAUCUCUCUUUUUCCAUUCAGCGUUGUCCUGGCAGAGACCAUGAUAAAUUACUCUGGGGACUUUACAUUCAGUAUUUGGUUCAGAGAUGGUUGUUUCUUGGUCAUACGUUUGUGUUCCUUAGUAAAAGACUCUCUGCGUGUCCACCCGGAUGCAAAAACAAAAAACAGCAACACCCGAUACCUUUUUGGAGCCAAUAAGAGAAGCUGUGGAUUCCACAUUUAAAACAUUUUUAUAUUUGACCUAAACGUUGUUUUGAUUGUUUUGAUUUUAUUUUUUUUUUGUCUUUUUCUAUUUCGCAGUCAUUAUUAGUUUUGACGUUUUAUGGGGUGCGGGAUUUCUGAAGUAAGAGGCUUCUAGAGGCCCAUACAUACCAUUUUUAGUUCACGUGUUGCCUUAGAACGUGCCUGCAUUUUUCAGUGCUUGACUUGUUUUGCGUGACGAUUGGUGAAAAUGAGGAAAAAAAGGCAAAGUAAUGGACAUUGGAUGAAUUGUACUCAAACGUCGUUUUAAUUCAAUCAAUUCAUACCCCUCAAGUAUUUUUGCACAAACACUGUUUUAUCUGUCAAGUACAAAUCCGUAAUUACAAUUUUAAAACACUUGGCAAGUCAUUAAAAAUUAUGCAUUUUGUUCAUGCACAUCGAUUGAG